AUGCAAAAUAUCCCCUCCUCCAAAACCCGCAAGGCAAAACCUCUCUUUCUCCUCUUCCAACAGCGAGCGAUGGGCAAGAGCGGGAAGAAGACGAAGGAGUCGCACCGGCAAGGCCGCGGCCGCCGCGCCGCCCAGUUCGGCGGCGACGAAGAUCUGCCUUCGUCUGCCUACGAUGCGCCACCGCGCCGCGACGGCGACGACUCCGACGAAGCGGCAUCGGAAGACGAGCAUGAUCGAGACGCGGGAGCAGGCGACCGCCAGGACCAAGGGCAAGUCGGCUCCACGCCUUCCAAAUUCCACCUCUACCAGCUUUCCGUCCAGUCGCCGAAAGGGGACAUCAGCUACCUGCAGAAGUUCUUUCUGAUGUAUGUCGGCGGACGCGUCCCUCUCCACCUGCAGGAGGAUUUCUGUGGCACGGCCCUCCUCAGUACCGAGUGGCUCCGCACUGAUGCUAGAAGAACAGCCGUUGGCUUGGAUUUCGACCGUGAGUCACUCGAGUGGUGUCUCGAGAACAACAUGAGUAAGAUUGGAGAUGAUGGGAGAUUGUUGCUCUUCGAUGGAAAUGUUCUGCAGCCGGAUGAAUCUCGCCUCGUCAAGCAAAAGAUCGGUGAUCUCAUGCAAGGUCUAAAUUUUACCACUGAUAAUGGUUCUACAGAAACAGACAGCAGCGAGCAGCCAGAUCCUGCAAAGUGUUUAGCCAAUUCGACCAUGUCAGAUGCAGUUUUGCCUGGAAGAGACAUAAUCUGUGCGUUCAACUACAGUUGUUGUUGCCUUCACAAACGAAAGGAUUUGGUUUUGUAUUUCAGGCAUGCUUUGAAUGCACUUUCCAGAAGAGGUGGUAUAUUUGUCAUGGAUGUAUAUGGUGGCACAUCAUCUGAAUGCAAGCUUCGUCUCCAGAGGAGAUUUCCGAGCUUCACGUAUUUCUGGGAGCAAGAAGAGUUUGACAUCAUAACUCGCGAAACAAGGAUCAGCCUCCACUUUCAAGUCGGAAAGAAGCAAAUGCUGCGGCAUGCUUUCUCGUACCAUUGGCGCCUGUGGUCGAUACCAGAAAUCAAGGACUGCCUGGAGGAAGCUGGAUUUAAGUCCAUCCACGUCUGGAUCAGGGAGAUGCCAGACACCCAAUCAAGUGGAAACGCCAAGGAGUACACUGCUGACCGUGACGUGAAGUACGAAGAGCUCCAGCAUUUCAACCAGGGAGACGCAUGGAACGCAUACGUAGUUGGAGUAGCAAACAACUGCUAGACGAUGCGUGUUCCUCGGUUCUCCUGUUACUGGGGUGUGAUAGAAACCUGGCUGCUGACAAUUUUCCCUUCCAACGCUCCCAAGUCACAUUUUC